CCACAUGUCACACUUAUUCGAAACAUUAUUGUAACGAAUUGAAUUUCAUAAUCAAAGUUUUUUUCCGUGCAGGUUUCUUUUAUUUUCUAUAUUAAGCAAAAUUGCAUUUUUAGUGUAAAUCAGUUAGUUAAGCGCAGAAACCAUCUUCAUCACAUCGUUAUUUAAACACUAUGUCGUGGUUAUUAGGCAGAAAUCGUCAACAGCAGCAGCCGCAAUUCUCUGGUGAGGAUGGAGGGGGUGCUGGCUCACCCGAUUCAGAGCCCAAGACAGCCGGCGAACGCAGUAAUGACGCCCAAUUGAGCCGGGCCGAACGUAAGGCCAUGGAGGCUUAUCGUUUCGAUUCCUCUGCCCUUGAGCGGGCGGCCGAUGCGGCCAAAACUUUGGAACGUUCGAAACAUGCUCGUGAGGCCUUGGAGCUUUCCAAAAUGCAAGAGAGUACCCGCCAGUCGGAGUAUCAAACGAAGGUCAAGGAAUACGAGGCACACAUUGAGCAGGCCAAGGUCGAACAGAAACGCAUCGAUCAUGAGGAGCGACGCAAAACGCUUGUUGAGGAGACUAAACAACAGCAGCAGCGUGCUCAAUAUCAGGAUCAAUUGUCGCGCAAACGUUACGAGGAUCAAUUGGCCCAGCAGCAGCGCGUUCAAGAGGAUAAUCUACGGAAACAGGAGGAGAGUGUACAACGUCAAGAGGCCAUGCGGCGGCAGACCAUUGAGCAUGAAAUCGAGAUGAAAGAAAAGAAUCGGCUAAAACUCUUGGAACACGAACUGCGCGCCAAGGCUCGUGUGGAUCGUGAAAAUCGUGACAUCAAUCUUGAGAAGAUUCGUCUAAAGGCGCAAGAACAUCGCACUACAGUACUGGAGGGCAUACGCACUGCUGGUUCUGUGAUUGGUGCUGGUGCCGAGGCCAUGCUCACCGAUUGGGAUAAAGUCUUGACUGCUGCCGGUGGUCUAUCCCUGCUAGCUUUGGGUGUCUACACUGCCAAGGGUGCCACCGGAGUCGUUUCUAGAUAUGUGGAAGCUCGUAUCGGUAAACCCACGCUAGUUGGCGAAACCUCACGAUUUGCAUUCCUUGAUGCCAUUAAACAUCCAUUGAACUAUCUGAAACGUUUGCGCUCCAAGCCCGCCGAUGCUCUGCAGGGCGUUGUACUCAAUCCCAAGCUUGAGGAAAGGCUGCGUGACAUAGCCAUUGCCACCAAGAAUACACGCAUUAAUCGCGGCCUCUAUAGAAACGUUCUGAUGCACGGUCCCCCUGGUACGGGAAAAACAAUGUUUGCCAAAAAGCUGGCCGAGCACUCGGGCAUGGAUUUUGCCAUAAUGACAGGUGGUGAUGUGGCUCCCAUGGGCAAGGAGGGCGUCACUGCCAUACACAAGGUGUUCGAUUGGUCGCACACCUCGCGUCGUGGUCUCCUCCUGUUUGUGGACGAAGCCGAUGCCUUCCUACGUAAACGUUCGUCUGAAAAGAUAUCGGAAGAUCUGAGAGCGGCAUUGAAUGCCUUCCUGUAUCGCACUUCUGAACAGAAUCCAAAAUUCAUGCUUGUCCUGGCAUCGAAUACACCGGAGCAGUUCGAUUAUGCCAUCAAUGACCGUUUGGAUGAGAUGGUCGAGUUUUUUUUGCCUGGGCUCGAGGAACGUGAACGUUUAUUACGACUCUAUUUUGAUAAAUAUGUUCUACAGCCAGCGGCAUCUGGUGCCAAACGCUUCAAAUUGGAGACAUUCGACUAUGGUCAGACUUGCACAAAAAUGGCUGUUCUUUGUGACGGUAUGUCUGGUCGUGAAAUCUCCAAAUUGGGUGUGUCGUGGCAGGCGGCCGUCUAUGCCUCUGAGAAUGGUGUUCUAACAGAGAAAAUGGUUUUGGACAAAUGCUAUGAUGCCGCUCAACAGCACAAACAAAAGAUGGCCUGGCUAUCAGAUCAAGAGCGCUCCGAUCACAAAUCAAUAACCGGCAAUACCUCUCAACAGCCAUCAUUGAAACUCGAUGCUAGGAAACUGUAAGAAGGGCUAAAUCCUCACAAAAUAUGAUGAUGAGAUGUUUAUGAGCCUAUCAAUUUGUUGAAUUUGCAUUUGAAAUUCGUUCUAGUUUUUAAAGUGGGGUAAUGAACACAUAUAAGUUUUAAGUGUGGGGUGGAAAUUGUUAUUUCCUACUCUACAUAUUACAAUAUUGUACAAAUCUACGCUUAUAGCUGCAAUUAAGUUUUACUUACUGAUAAUUGUACUGUAAUCAUUGUACAAGUAAAUCCUUUCCUCUAGAAAUUUAAGGACCGAAAUUACCAGCAAACGGUGGCCAUAGCCAACACAUUGAAAGAAAUUUAUAUUAAACUUCUUGUUGGACUUACGCCCUCCGACCCUCCUUCAAAAGUGGUUAAAAUAUACACCUAAAUACAUGUAA